CUCAUACUCCCAAACCCUGGUCUUCUUCUCUCUCUACAUUCAAACAUCUAGAGAGAGAAAGUGGCAAAAAAGAAUGACAUUGAAGGCAUGAAGCUCCCUUUUUUAAAAUUUAAAAUUGCAAGAAACGCCCAAAUGAAGAAUUUUUAGUCAAGAUUUCAUCUUUAUGAAAAUUCAAGAAUACCCAGAUCGGAUUUUGUUUAAAAAUCAUAAAAAGAUUUGAUUUUUCAAAUUUUGGUUGAGAAAUCUUGAAGAAUUUCGUUUAAAAAUGGGGUGUUAUUAUUCAAGAUUUGAGAGAAAAGAAAUGGUUUCAAGAUGCAAAGCAAGAAAAAGAUACAUGAAACAGUUUGUAAAAGCCAGAAAUUCUUUUUCAGCCGCUCAUAGUAUGUAUUUAAAAUCGUUAAAAAACACCGGCGCCGCCCUCCUCCAGUUCGCCACCAGUUCGCCACCGCUACACCACCAUACGCCGCCGCCGGCCACCAUUCCGCCGCCGCCACCACCACCAAUGAGUCCAACAUCUGAAACAGAAACAUGGACGACAUCCACCGGCGACACGUCAGCAACUCUGCCGCCGCCGCCGCCACCCCCGCCGCCGCCGCCGUCCACGUGGGAUUUUUGGGACCCUUUUAUGCCGUUGUUGGAGAGAAAUGGGGGAGAGGAAUGGGAGGGGUCCACCAUCACCACCACCACCGCCGCCGCCGAGACGGUGGUGACGGCUGCCGCAAGUGUAGCGCCGCCGCCGUCUGCUGUUAGUGGGGUUUCUAAAACAAGUGGUUCUGAUGAGACAAGUAGAGAGAUGCCGGUGGUGGUUUCUAGUAAAGGUAAGGAUUUGGUGGAGAUUAUUAAAGAAUUGGAUGAGUAUUUUCUCCGGGCGGCGGAUUCCGGCGGAAAGUUGUCGGCUUUGUUGGAGAUUCCGGCCACCACUUUUUCCGACCAAACAUCCUCAGGCAAGAUUAAUGGGAAUGGGAAGAGUUUGAACCCAUUUUUCUGCUCGUGGAACUCGAGCCAGCGGUUCAAUGGGUUGGUGAAGUUCGAUUGCAAUGGGAUCGCAGGCAUUGGGGCAGUGGACGGGGUGGGUAUGCCGGGCAGCCACUGUUCGACGGUGGUGAGAUUGUAUGAAUGGGAGAAGAAGCUAUAUGAUGAGGUUAAGAAUGCGGAGAGUUUGAAAAUCGAGCAUGAGAAGAAGACGGAACAGCUGAGGAAGAUGGAGUUGAAAAGAGGUGAUUAUGUCAAGAUUGAGAAAGCCAAGAAAGAGGUCGAGAAGUUGGAGUCGAGGAUCACCGUUUCAGCUCAGGCGAUCGAGUCAACGUCACAGGAAAUUAUUAAACUCAGAGAGUCUGAGCUUUACCCACAGCUUGUUGAGCUUGUUAAAGGAUUAAUGGCUAUGUGGAGAAGUUUAUAUGAAAGCCACCAAGUCCAAAUGCACAUAGUACAACAACUCAAGUACAUCAACAAUGUUGACUUGUCAACCGAGGCCACCACCGAGAUCCACCGCCAGGCAACUCUUCAGCUUGAGCUUGAAGUCCAACAAUGGCACCAAUCCUUCUGCAACCUGGUCAAAGGUCAACGGGACUACAUUCAGUCAUUGACCGGCUGGCUUCGGCUCAGCCUUUUCCAGUUCAGCAAAAACGCGUCUACCCAAACCAAACAGGACUCUGCAAUCUACACCCUUUGUGAAGAAUGGCAGCUCGCUGCCGACAAUGCCCCUGAUAAAGUCGCUUCGGAGGGCAUCAACGCCCUGUUAAAUGUAGUUCAUGCGAUAGUGGUCCAACAAGGCGAUGAGCAAAAGCAGAAGAGAAAGUUAGACUCGUUUUCUAAGGAGCUCGAGAAGAAAACGAUGGAGCUUCGGUCACUGGAAAGCAAGUACGGGCCAAACGUGUAUACGGGCCCACUGAAUAGAAAGACGGAUCGGGCUGCUGAUAAACGGGCCAAGGUGGAAGCUUUAAAGGUAAAAGCAGAGGAAGAGAAGGGUAAGUAUGAGAAGUCUAUAGGGGUAACGAGGUCGAUGACGUUGAAUAAUUUACAAAUGGGGUUACCGCAUGUUUUUCAAGCUGUAACGGGGUUUGCCAAUGUUUGGACACAUGCUUUCGAGUCGGUUUGCAACCAAGCAAACAUUUUGGAGGAGGAUUACGUGCCAACCGUAUUUGAUAAUUUCAGUGCCAAUGUUGUUGUCAAUGGUGCCACUGUAAAUCUUGGCUUGUGGGAUACUGCUGGACAGGAGGAUUAUAACAGAUUAAGACCGUUGAGUUACCGCGGGGCCGAUGUUUUCAUUUUGGCGUUUUCACUUAUUAGCAAAGCCAGCUAUGAAAACGUUUCUAAGAAAUGGAUUCCAGAAUUGACGCAUUAUGCUCCUGGUGUCCCGAUAGUACUCGUUGGGACCAAACUUGAUCUUCGGGACGAUAAGCAGUUCUUUGCAGACCAUCCUGGUGCAACUCCCAUAAACAGUGCUCAGGGAGAGGAGCUAAGGAGGACGAUUGGAGCACCCGAAUAUGUCGAAUGUAGCUCCAAAACACAAGAGAAUGUUAAGGGAGUUUUUGAUGCUGCAAUUAAAGUUGUCCUUGCUCCUCCCAAGUCAAAGAAAAAGAAGAAAGCGGGCCAAAAGUCAUGCUCUAUAUUAUGAUCAGAAGUAAGAUCAUCAUCGACACUAACAAUGAUCAUCUGUGUGAAGCAUCCGUUGGCUUAUCAUGUAUCUCCAUCAUCCGUGUCAGGUUUUGAAAUUUUUUUUCUUCUAUGUUUUACUUUUUUUUUUUCCUGAGAGAUCCAGUUAGAUUAAGGAAAUUGUGUUGUCGGAUUCAUUUUCUCUUUAUUCGUUUAUUUUUAUUUUAUCUUUUACAUAUACUUAUCCUAUAGUUGGCCAAAUGAUGCUUUUCAUGUUAUGCAUUUUCCUUUAUUGUUUGGUUCA